AUGACAGCAGGCGGUUCAAGAAGGUCAGUCAGAGGGAAGUUCAGGGAUGCACUGAAAGCUUUUUGUUGAGGUCUAUAUGCAUUAAUUGCAUGCAUGGCAUUCACACGCUGGCUCUCCGGCUAUGUGUGUAUACUGCACUGCAGAACCCGCGCAUCGUGUUUGAGAACUUGUGGGAAUACAUGUUGUAUCAACGCCAUCGCACAGCCCCUCGUGAGGCUCCACCCCCUCUCCCGCUAUCUAGUCAAGAGCACGUGUGUGAGCGCACGUACACCAAGAGCAGACAGCACCGACGCACGUACUUGAUGCACUCAUUUCCUGUAAUACUCACUUAUGUGUCUCUCUGUGCAGCCGGGAAGAACAUCAUGGCCAACGAGGCAGGCAUCAUCGGCCGCUACGAAAACUACAAGCCGUCAGUCAGGGGUACAGUACACACGAACCCACACAUGGAUGGAUGGAUGGAUGUCCGUGUUGACACAUACAUGCAGCCCUUCCUGUCCUCUCUACUUGUGUGUGUGUCGUGCAGAGAAGAAGGUCGAGGAGAUGUUGCUGGAGAACAGGGAGAAGUUCAACUGCAAAGACGACACCAAGGCCAAGGAGCUCAAGGCCAUGAUGAGCGCUCAGCUGCCCGACAGAGACCCCAAGGACGACCCCCAUACUUCGAUGCUGGUCGAGAGCCUUCGACUGGCCAGGUAGGUAUCAUUCAUCAGAGAUGGCCGGAGGGCCGGCAGGAAGGAGGCAAGGAAGGAGGAGGCCGGCAGGGGGAGAGGGAUACAUACCUACAUGUCUGUCUGUCUGUCUGUCCUUUGAUGGUUUGCAGUGGUGUAUAUUUGCCGUCGCCGGAGGAGAGGGACAAGCGCAGGGGGCUCAAGACCAACACGCCGCUCACUGUGAGCGUCGCCGCAGAGACCUUCAGCCGCACUCUCAUCCGCACCUCACCAACACUCAGUAAGUCAUCAAAUGAUGGAUGAAGCAGAGAGAGAGAGGGAGAGACAGAAGGGAGGGAGGGAGGGAGGGAGGAAGGGAGCAAAGACACACUAGCUUGUGCUUCUCUACACAGACACACGAAAAUCCGUGAUGUCAGCUGGACGACUUCCCCAACGAUGUGGCUCGCGGCGAGAUCCUCGUGACGGGCCUUCCUGCCACUGCGACCGACGCGAGAGUGCGGCAGUGGUUCGAGAGGCGGCUGGGAGAAGAGGUCCAUGAAAUCAGAAGACCGCAUCCUGAAGACCUCACGUGAGCGUGCCUCUCAUGCGCAUCUACUCCCUUGAGUGACCGUGCUCUGCCCGCUUGGUGUGUGUGUGUGUGUGUGUGUUGAUGCAGAGUUGCCCGGGUCGCCUUCUGCAACGAGGACGCCGCCGACCUCGCGGCACGUCUCGACGAUUCGGUGAGCGCUGGUGGCUGGGUGUCACUAGUAUGUAUCAUCACGCUUAUUGUGUGUUGGUGGUGUAGUUCUUCGAGUGGUGCUACAUUCGUGUCCGUGCAGCGCCCCUGCCGUGUGUGGGCGAGAAGCAGCGGUACCCGCGGCCGAUUCAGGGCCUUCCCAAGGUGGAGCAGCUGGCCACCGGCUUCAACCACACCAUCGCCCUGGCUGACGGAGCCAUAAGCAAGCAAGAGAUCAAAGACAAAUAGUGCCUGUAGUCACCUCUACUCACCAACUGACUGUUUCUCUGGUUUGUGUAUUGUCUCAGUCACAUCAAACACAGAAAAGGUGUUUGUGUGGGGCGACAACAAGUACGGCCAGCUGACGUUCCCCUCUGAUGCCGCCACCGCCCUCUUCUGGCCGACAAAAGGAGAGCCACAGAGGUUAGCCCGCCGGAUUGACUGACUGGUCCCUCACCUGCCUCCACGUACGCCUUUGAGUGUGCGUAUGUGUGCAGCCUGGGCAUCGAGGGGCCCCAUCGGCCGCAUAUGGCGCAUGGCGACGUGACCAUCAUCGGUAAUCAUCGGCCCCUGUGUCUCAAGUACUACGGCACAGCUGGGCAUCGGUGCGUCCGGCGAGCCGUUGAUCUUCAUCCCAGCUUGACAAGAGACAUGAGCGAAUCUCUGCCUACACUUUACAUCUUGACGUCAUUUCGUUUCGCCGCUAUAGCUAGCUGGCUGAAUGGAUGGAAUAAAGAUAUGAAUCAAGUGUGUGGUACAUGUGUCGACGGAACGUAUGCACACGUUUAUGGCAGCGGGCAGACAGGCAGACAUGGACACGAAUGGCCACUGUGUGUCGGUCUUUCUUUCGGUCAAUGAUGGUGGGGG